UCUGUACCCAAAAGGCACAUAUGGCUUAUUCAGCGGUUGAGGUUGCUUCUUUGACAUCCGCAAUUACAGUAAUAAUUUUUGGGAUUUGUUUCUAUCUUUACUACAGGUACACUAUGGCGAAAAAGAGUCAGAAUAAUCCAAGUUUAAGAAUUGGACGAGAAGAUGCAAUCAUAAAUACCCGAGAACUGGCACAACAAGGUGGGACUUUUAAAGGUGUUUUGGUAGAAGAAAAUGGUUUAGAAGUUCUUUAUUUGAGGAAGCUUGAAGGUGGACAACUACGAACUUGUGUCUGGAAUUCCAUGGAAUCAGAGGAUAAAAGAGUUGAUAGCGGAUUUGAUGAUCACCAAACAUCGAAACCAAUUCAUGAGUGUAUUGAAUCUGUUGAUUAUUCACCGAAAAAGACAACACCACAGCAUCCAGCAUGGCAACAAAAGCCAUCAUCAGUAGUCCCAACACCGCCGCCGCCGCCACCACCACCACCACCAAUGCAGAAGACAGUACCACCAAUUCCACCACCACCUCCGCCGCAACCAUCAUUGCAGAAGCUGUCACCGCCGAUUCCACCACCCCCACCUCCAUCUGCAUACUCAAAAAAGAUAGUUACCCCUCAACCACCACCAGUGUUCACAAGGAGGAACCAUGCACCGCCCCCUUCAUCAUUUCAUUCAGGGAGCUUUAGUUCAUCAAUGAGACCGCCUACAAUACCAAAAGUAAAGGCGGAUGAUCAGAACGAAGAACGGUCAAAAGAAAGUCGUGAAGUCCCCAAGAAGAUGAAGCCAUUUCAUUGGGAUAAGGUGAAUACUGAUGCAGAUCAUUCGGUUGUAUGGAAUGAAAUUGUCGACGGCUCUUUGAAGUUUGAUGAGGAACUUAUAGAGACCUUGUUUGGAUACAAGGCAAUAAAGAAAAAUUCUAAAGAAGCAAAACACAUAUCUCCUAAAUUUGGUAGCUCAAAUUCAACUCCAUCAGCUCAAGCUUCAAUUCUUGAUCCUAGAAAAUCACAGAACACAGCAAUCGUACUCAAAUCACUUGCAAUUUCUCGCAAAGAGAUCAUUGAUGCCAUCUCAGAUGGCAGAGGACUAAAUGGAGAUAUACUCGAGAAACUGACAAAAAUCUCACCAACGGAAGAAGAAGCUUCCAGAAUCCUCCAAUUUAAUGGAAACCCCGCCAAACUCCCUGAUGCUGAAUCUUUCCUUUAUGAAAUACUGAAAGAAAUCCCAACAGCAUUCACCAGGAUCAAUGCCAUGCUCUUUAGAUCGAAUUACGACCCAGAAAUAUUGCAUCUUAAGGAAUCCUUGCAAACACUUGAAUUGGGAUGCAAAGAACUAAGAGCCCCUGGAAUCUUCUUGAAACUUCUAGAAGCUAUUCUCAAGGCAGGAAAUCGCAUGAAUGCUGGAACUGCUAGAGGCAAUGCUAAAGGCUUUAACCUUAGCGCUCUUCGAAAACUUUCUUAUGUUAAGAGCAUUGAUGGAGAUACUACCCUCCUACAUUUUGUUGUUGAACAAGUGGCCCGAGCUGAGGGUAGGCGGUGUAUGAUCAACAGGAAUCAUCAAAGCAGCCAAAAUGAUCAAGAUUCUGAUACCAUGAUAGCAAAAGAAGAAAGAGAUAGGAAAUAUGUAAUGCUAGGUUUACCUGUUCUUGGAGGAUUAAGUACAGAUUUCGCUAAUGUGAAAAAAGCUGCCACGUUAGACUAUGACAGUUUCGUGGCCACAAGUCCGAACCUCUCAGGGAAAGUGUGUGAAAUUCAGGAACUCGUGACACACUGUGGAGUCGGUGGAAGAGACGGGUUUGUGAAGGAAAUGAAGGAGUUUUUAGAAGACUGUGAAGAUGAGCUGAAAGUUGUGAGGGAAGAGCAAACAAGGGUUAUGAAUCUUGUAAAGAAAACUACAGAUUUCUACCAAAUCGGAUCCUUUAAGGAUAAAGGUGGACAUUCAUUUCAAAUAUUUGGUUUUGUGAAAGAUUUCCUUGACAUGGUAGAUCAAGUGUGUGCAGAUCUCACAAGGAAGGUGCGAACAAAGACUGUGAAAGGCGUGGGACCUUCGUCACUGCGGAUGUCACCAUUAAUGGCUCAAAACAUGCAGUCGUUGUACUUUAAGCCUGAAAGUUCAAGUGAUUCGGAGGAUGACUUCUAAGGUUCACGUGAACACGAUAUGUAAUGGAUGAUUUUCAUGAUUCUUUUAUUACCAUUUCGUAUA